AUGACAAGAUCACAUCUUUGCCUCCUCUGUCUCCUCCUCUCCCUAGUGAAUUUGGCCGCUUCUCAAGACGAUGCAACAAUCAUGCAAUCCCUCAAAUCUACUCUUCAUCUCACACCAGACGUGGACUGGUCGAACCCUGACCCUUGCAAAUGGGUCGCCGUCCAAUGCGACGGAAGCAACCGCGUGACGAGGAUCCAGCUUAAACAGAAAGGGAUCAGCGGCACUCUCCCUCUGGAUCUCCAGAAACUCUCCGAGCUCAUCGUCCUCGAGUUCUUCUCCAACAAAAUCUCCGGCCCGGUUCCUGACCUCUCGGGGCUAACACAUCUACAGAGGCUGAAUCUGCACGACAAUCUCUUCGAUUCGACUCCUAAGAAUCUCUUCUCGGGGAUGAACUCGUUACAAGAAGCUUACCUCGACAACAACCCUUUCGCUUCUUGGGAGAUUCCAGAAACCGUUAAAGAAGCCACGUCACUCAAGAACCUCUCUCUCGUCAACUGCAACCUCACGGGUUCGAUUCCUGAUUUCUUCAGCUCCCAUACGCUCCCGAGCCUCGUUUCUUUAAAGCUAUCUCGGAACAAUAUGCAGGGAGGGCUGCCUGCAAGCUUUGGAGCUUCGUCGUUACAGCAACUCUAUCUUAACGGACAGAACCUCAGCGGGUCAAUCUCGGUGUUACAGAAUAUGACUUCUCUCGUCGAGGUUGAUCUGCAAGCUAACGCCUUUUCGGGUCCCAUCCCUGAUCUAUCUGGUUUACAGUCUCUCAGGUUGUUCAAUUUAAGAGAGAAUCAGCUCACUGGCCUUGUCCCACCCUCUUUUACUGGUCUCAAAUCCCUUACUGUCGUGAAUUUAACUAAUAACUGCUUUCAAGGACCGACUCCGUUAUUCAAAAACUCAGUCGCUGUUGAUGUAAUAGCCAACACGAAUAGCUUCUGUCUGGAGACUCCUGGUACUCCCUGCGAUCCUCGUGUCGAGGCCUUGCUUUCUGUAGCUGAGUCGUUUGGAUAUCCGGUGAAGCUAGCCAAGAGUUGGAAAGGGAAUGAUCCGUGUGGUGGUAGCUGGCUUGGGAUUUCUUGUUCUGCAAGUAAUGAAGUUACAGUGGUUGAUCUUGGGAGGCAGGAGCUCACGGGUACGAUAUCUCCGAGUUUUGCUAAGCUUACUUCCUUGGAAACCAUCAAUCUUUCUAAUAACCAACUCACCGGGAGUAUACCGACAGAGCUUACCAGUUUGCCUAGGCUUAGGACACUCGAUGUGUCGAACAAUGACAUCCACGGUGAUGUGCCCAAGUUCCGCGCAAGUGUGAGUGUGGUGACUACUGGUAACGUUAACAUCGGACGUGUCUCACCGACUAGUUGGAAAUCCUUCAGAAAUAGAAUAUAG